AUGGGUUCGUCGAUAAUAAGCGAGAAGGAGAAAAAGGAGGAAAAGAAAGACGACGAUGAAGAUGAAGAAGUCGUCUGUUACGAACACGACGGUAAAAACACGGGAGACGCGCGAAAAUUGGAAGCGUGGUUGACACAGCGCGGCAUCAACGUGCGCGAGACGUUUUCUCCUUCUUCUUCUUCUUCGGCGUUAUCGCCGUCGAAGAAUGAAAACGAGGAUACGCAAAACGGAUUGAAAUCUAUCGAUGAUUUGCUCAAAGAGAUUGAAAACGGCGAAACUGUUUUAACCGAACACGAGACAACUCACGACGACGGCACCGUGAAGCUCUCGUGCAUCCGCCGCGUCUCGGUCGUCGUCGUCGAAAUAACCUCAAAAUCGAAACCGAACAAAAAACUCGUCGAAUACGAACAAACGCUCCCGUCCGGCCUCGCGCGAAAACGAGAACGGUUUUUGAGCGAGAAAAUCAUGUCCGGUAAAGGUGAAACACCUUUAGAAGCCGCAAAAAGAGGCAUACGCGAAGAGUUAGGCGACGCGUUAUCGCCAAAAGCAGUCAUUAACAUCGACGAAACGUCUUUACGAAGUCUGCCGCUUUCGUCGAAACCGUCCUUUUCUCAAAGCUAUAAAGCUUUGCCGACGCGGUAUCGAUUUUACGAGGUGAACUGCGAAAUCGAUGGUUUAGCUGAAGAUAAGGAUGAAUUCACGAGCACAGAAAAGUGUGGCACCAAGGCUGUGUGGAAGUGGGUGUAA